AUGACGGAUCACCGAAAACCCAAGCGGUAUAAAAAUCUUCUUUCAUGGUUUACAAGUGAUACUCCAUCUAGUGGUAGUGGGAAUGAGAUUGGGAGUGGGAGUGGGAGCGAGAGUAGAAAUGUGACUGAGAAUUCUGUGAAUGAUGUCCUUUUAAACUCUUGUCCAUCUAGCCCGGUAGAAGAGUGUGGUAAUGAUAGAAUUGAGACAGAAGUGUGUUUUGAUGUUACUUCUCUUGAAUGUGAUCCUGGAAUACGACGUCCAAUAUGCAAAGGUCAUGAUGAAUCGGCUAAUUCAUCCAAUGGUGGCAAUUUCAAUGCGGUUUUGCAAGCUUUUGGAAGAGUUAGUUUAGAAGUCCACAAAGUCUUACAUAAUGCUCAUGGGAAUGCCAAGUAUAUUUCUCCAAUUAUUCAAAGACAAAUCCUAAAUAUUCUUGGUAACAAAGUUAGAACCAAGAUUCGUGAGGAAGUGGGAGAUGCUAAAUUUUGUAUCCUUGUUGAUGAAGCGGUUGAUGUGUCUAAUAGAGAACAAAUGGCUAUCAUUCUUCAAUUUGUUGAUUGUGAUGGGUUUAUUAGAGAACGAUUUUUCAAAGUUAUUAGUGUUGCAGACACUUGUUCUCAAACUCUUAAAAAUGAGAUAUCCAAAGUCCUUGCCCAAUAUGAUCUUCAAGUAGAAAAUAUGCGUGGCCAAGGUUAUGAUGGUGCUAGCAACAUGCGGGGUGAAUUUAAUGGUUUACAAGCUUUGUUUCGUGAAGAGUGUCCAUAUGCAUAUUAUGUGCAUUGCUUUGCUCAUCGCUUACAAUUGACUUUAAAUGCCGCAGCUAAAGAAGUGCAUGAUAUUUGGCAAUUCUUUUCAACUCUAAAUGUGAUUGUUAAUUUUGUUGAUUCUUCUGCAAAACGGCAUUCAGCAUUAAGAGUCAUCAGAGAAGAAGAAAUUGCAGAUUUAGUGGCUGCAGGUACCCUUGAGACAGAUUUGGUUGCAAAUGGACCAAAUAAAUUACAAGGAGAAGCAAUGAGUGUAGGUAAGGCUAUGAAGAGUAUUGAUUUUGUGUUUUGCUUGCUUUUGAUGCAUGAUGUCAUGAAGAUUUUUGACUUUCUUUGUCAGUCAUUGCAAAAAAAAGCCAUAGACAUCUUGAAUGCUCUAAAUUUUCUUUCAAUAACAAAAUCAAAACUUCAAGAUAUGAGAGAAGAUGGUUGGGAUGAUUUGAUUAUGAGGGUUGAAUCAUUUUGUUGUGAGCAUGAUAUUGUUAUGCCAGAUAUGUCUGCUCCUUACAAGAAAGGUACAGAGCGGGCUUGUGAACAAAAUAUUACAAAGGAGCAUUUUUAUCGGGUCAAUAUACUUAAUGCUGUAAUAGACUUUCAGUUGGCAGAGCUGGAUAGUAGAUUUACAGAUAAGUCAUUGGAGCUUCUUGUUCUUAGUGCUACAUUUGAUCCACGUGAUAAUUUUCAAUCAUUCAGAUUUGAAGAUGUUUGCAAUCUUGCUUUGAAUUUUUAUCCUAUGGAUUUUUCAUCAUCUGAUAUGCUUGCUAUAGAUAUGGAGUGUGGAUAUUUUCUAACAGAUAUUCAGAGGGAUCCAAGAUUUGCCAAGACAACUUCUGUGUCUGAUUUGUGUCGGCGGUUAGUUGAAUCAAGAAAGUCAGCAUUCUUUCCUAUGAUUUAUAGAUUGAUUUGUCUUGUGUUGACUCUGCCAGUUUCUACAGCAACAACAGAGAGAGCAUUUUCGGCUAUGAACAUCAUCAAAAAUAAACUUAGAAAUAAGAUGGAAGAUGACUUUCUUGAUGAUUUGAUGGUUCUCAACAUUGAAAAAGAAUUUGCUGAUAGUAUUGACAAUGAUUCUGUGAUUGCUGAGUUUGAAAUGAGUGGGCCUCGGAGGGGUUUUGGGUUUCCACGGGAACUAGAGGACUUUGCGAGGCUAAGGCAGGAUAUACUCGGCUGCGAUGAGUAUGAAGGUUAUCGAGAUUAA